UAAAAUCAAUGUUUAUAGUACAUAUUUUCAGCCACGAAUGACCUGGAAGGUACAAUUCCUACAGCAGACAGUAAAUCAAUGCCUGGAUCAGCAUAUGGUGUAAAAAAUCGUGGAAAAGCAUCCCAGUUUCUGGACAGUAAAGGGUUUGGUUGGUUGCUGGAGGAGGAGGACAUGGAUCAGGAAGAUCUGGAACCACUACUUGAAGAGCUUGACAUAGACUUGAAGGAUAUCUACUACAAGUUGAGAUGUGUGCUGUUCCCUCUACCACAGCUUGGGUUUAACCGACACAUUGUGAGAGAGAAUCCAGAUUUCUGGGGACCACUUGUUGUCAUCUUGUUGUACUCUCUUGUUUCUUUGUAUGGACAAUUUAGGGUUGUAUCAUGGAUCAUUACUAUUUGGAUAUUUGGAUCACUCAUUAUUUUCAUGUUGGCAAGAGUGUUAGGUGGAGAGGUUUCAUAUUCACAGUGCCUAGGUGUUGUGGGAUAUUCUGUGUUGCCAUUGGUUAUUACUGCGCUGAUUCUGCCAUUGUUUAAAGCAUUUCAUUACGUUGCUCUUUUAUUAAAGUUGCUUGGAGUAUUAUGGGCAGCAUUCAGUGCGGGAUCGUUGCUGUGUGUACAGGAACUUCAACAGAAACGACCAUUGUUACUGUACCCAAUAUUUUUACUGUAUAUUUACUUUUUCUCAUUGUAUACUGGAGCAUGAAAGAAUCUCACACAAGGAAUCAAGCUCAGACAAAUGCAACACCUUUGGAUUUGUUCUGUAUUUAUGUGAAUUAUGGUAACCUUUGAUUGAGAUUUCAAAUGAGUUGUCAUAAGAGAAUUAAUAGUAAAACACCCAAUGUUGUGUUCAUUUUAAUUCUUCAUGGAAGACUGCACUUUUGUUUAGAAAGACAUUUUAUAGAUACAUUUGUGCAUAAUAAUUAUUAAAGAAAGACUUAAAACCAACAUUAAAACUGCAGGAAAUGAAUACAGUUAGGCAUAUUACCAUGGUCUAAAGUUAGGUACUUGACAUUUGAGUUAAAAGAUACUGCUGGUUUAUUAAAAAUAAGGGUGCACUUGUAACGGAAUUUGAAUAAAAUCCUGUUUCAAUUUCUAGGGCUUAAAAUUAAAGCUUAAAUAAUUCUGCAGGAAGGUAAUCCACAGCAGGUAGAAUUGGCAAGCUCAUAAUGACAGUAUAUACAGUUACAAUAUAUAUAUAUAUUAUUAGUUAAGCUCGAGCCUGAUAUGGAUUUUCGAGACAGCGUAUAUCCCGUAUCCUGUCAACAACAAGCAGUGUAACGAUUUUAUCUUGCCGACUACCCUUUACUUACAUGCUAUAAUCAACACAUUUUGUAAAUUAACAAAGCUACUUACUGUGCAGACUGGAAUCCUACAAAUCAAUUGUUUGGUCAUCACUAGUUGAUUUACACCAGCCAUAAAAUGCACAAUGACCUGUGUUUUGGUUAAAUCAAAAAACACAAAAGCUCAUUUACACAGGUUAUGAACUGGUUUAGAUUAGAAACACUAAAAAACUUCUUGUUCCAUCCUUUCGAAAGUUACCAGAUAUCACGAUGUCAUAAAUGUCUUGAUACUUCGGCUUUCAUCCCGUUUCCUGAUAAAUCAUUUAUCUUGCACGUAGAUUAAAUGAUCUUACAACAAACUGCUGAGUAACAAAUAUGUCAAUUCCUUUAUUUCACGAUGAUUUAACUAUUUAACUUCCAAAACAAGAUUUCAACGUCCGUGUAUUCCAUACAGAGUUAUUCCGCUUUUACGGCUAACUUUUGUCAAACUUCAUGAGCCUCAACUUAAGUAGCAUGAAAUUGGCAAGAAAACACUAAAUUUACUCUCGGAAAUGAUACUAUCACUGGAGCUAAUAAAUAAUCUGGCUUGAUUCAAUUAAGCCAGCAGUGUGGCAGCCAUUUUGUUUUAAUCAGAAUUCAUAUCUGAAAUAUACUAGCAGGAUAUGGAAUAUACCCUGUCUCCACGUGACGUCUAUUGACAAAUAGAAAUGCAAGAAACUUGUAGGAGGCAAGAUAAAUAUAUGUACAUGAGGGAUUAUAUAGUAUAUUUGUAGAUGAAAUUUAGUUUUGUUCAUGCCAUAUUUCAUCAAAAAAUGUUUUCUGUAAUUCAUAUACCAGUGGGUGUGUAAAGAAAAUUAAUUGUUAAAUGAUAGAAUUUUUCAAUCAUGUGACAUUGUAUAAACUGUUUUAUCAAUUUCUAUAGAUUUUCAUUUAAACUUUGAUUUUCUUCAAAUAAAUAUUUUCAGUCAUUAUCCAUAACAUAUUGUCACAUAAGCGCAAAAAGUGCAUUGACAUGUAGAAGCACUUGUCCACUUUUUGCAUUCAGGUGAUGAGUGAUGAUAAUGUACAUAAUGCUGGCAAAUCAUGUCUCUUUAAAAUUUUUACAAGUUUACAACUUCAGGGUAAAUUAAGUCUUACUUUGAAAUUACAGAAAGGCCAAAACUAUUUAAACAGUUUUCCUUGUUUAUGUUUUUUUUUUAUAUUAAGUUUAUUGAUACAGAAUUGUUUGCUUAAUGAACUAUUAGAUUGUUCCUCAGAUUUUACCCUGUUUCACUAUUCUGUAUUGAAAAGAUCCAGCCUUAUCUAAUCUUAAACUCUGGUUAAAUACAUUGGCAAUCUGCAGCUUUUUCUGUUUGGGAAUUUAUCUUUUAAUCUUUACCAGUUCAGAAAAUUAUUUGCAAAUGAGAGAGACAUUGAACAAACAAAGUUGUCCCAAUUUUUUUUUUCUCAGCAUUUCUCAAAACAGUUUUAUGAGUAUUAUCAAAUGCAAAUAAUGAAGGAUAUGAAAAAUUUGAAUUAGACUUCUAAAGAAUGCCUUAAUUACGUUGUUUGACCUAGAUGGCAUCCCUGUUCAAAGGAAAAUGCUCUUUGAACCUUUUAAAAAAAUGGAAGAAUUAUUUUUUAAUACUGUGAAAUCAUUAAAAUUCGCUGACAUGAAAUUUCGCGCAAACGUGAAAUAGGACUGUUUCGCGCGGGCUUUAAUUCGCGCAUUUUCAGUUUUAGUAAUAAAAAAAUAAAAUUAAAAAAUAAUAAUAGCGCGGUCUUAAAUUCGCGCAUUGGUCCUAGCGCGAAAUAUGCAAAAAUUUGUCCUACGCGAAAUAAAAUUACUUCACAGUAUGGCUAGAGUUAACACUAGUUUUUUAGCUCCACUAUUCGGAGAAUAGGGGGGCUAUACUACUCGCCCAAGCGUCGGCCUUGGCGUGACCCUUCUUGGUUUAAGUUUUUCGGCAACCUUUGUUUUUCUGUCAUAUCUUUGUUACUAUUGCUUAUAUCUUACUGUAACUUCACAUAACAUUGUCCAGUGUACAAACAAUGUAUGUGUAGGGGCUGAGCCAAUUAUACCCAAGGUCAAGGUCACCAAGCUGUUAUACUUAAGUUAUUUUUAAGGUUAAAGUUUUUCGGCAACCUUUGUUUUUCUGUCAUAUCUUUGUAACUAUUGCUUAUAUCUUACUGUAACUUCACAUAAACAUUGUCCAGUAUGCAAACAAAAUAUGUACAGGGACUGGGCCCAUUUUAUCCAAGGUCAAGGUCACCAAGGUCUUAUACUUAGGUUAUUUUUAAGGUUAAAGUUUUUCGGCAACCUUUGUUUUUCUGUCAUAUCAUUGUUACUUUUGCCUAUACCUUACUGGAAGUUCUUAUAAACAUUGUCCAGUAUGCAAACAAAAUAUGUGUAGGGGCUGAGCCCAUUAUACCCAGGUUCAAGGUCACCAAGCUGUUAUACAUAGGUUUUUUAUAAGGUUAAAGUUUUUCGGCAACUUUUGUUUUUCUGUCAUAUCUUUGUUACUUUUGCUUAUACCUUACUGGAAGUUCUCAUAAACAUUGUCCAGCAUGCAAACAUAGUAUAUGCAGGGGCUGGGCCCAUUAUACUCAAGGUCAAGGUCACCAAGGAAUUAUACUUGGAAUUAUUUUCAUGUUAAAUUUUUUCGAAAGCUUUAUUAAUAGACAUAUCCUUGGUACUUUAAAAGAUAAUGACUUGAAAUUAAAAAUAUUUGUUUAUAAUCAUCAUCUGCAUUCGUGGUUACAUACCCCAUAACUCUAGUUGUAUUUUUUACAGAACUAUGCCCCUUUUGUACUUAAACUUUUUUUUGCAAUCUUUGCUUUCUGGAUAUUACUUUAAUGCAAUAUAAGAUAAAGACUUGAAACUUAAAAUGUAUCUUUAUCACCAUCAUCUGCAUAAGUGGUGACAAUCCCCAUAACUCUGAUUUGUAUUUUUUGACCAAAUUAUGCCCCUUUUAUACUUUUCUUUUUUUAACAAACUUCGUUUUCUGGACAUAACUUUGGUACUAUAUAAGAUAAUGACUUGAAACUGAAAAUAUAUCUUUACCAUUGUCAUCUGCACUUGUUUUAACAAUCCUAAUAACUCUAAUUUGUGUAUUUGAUGGAAUUAUGCCCCUUGGUGUAUCUUCUUUUUAUAGUGGAGGUCUCUUAUUCAGACAUAUUUUCAUUUUACUGUCAAAUCCCCGAAUAGUGGAGCGCGCUGUUUUACAGACAGCUCUUGUUAAUUGAUCCUAUUAACCAAUUAUUAUUGUAUUCUUUUGUGCAAGGUUUUUGUUAUUUGUCAUAUUGAAAAUUCUACAGUUUCUGUUGAACAUGCACUAAAACAGAUUUGAUAUUUGCAUUCAUAAAACGUGGUUUUAUGGGCACCAUAAAAAUACUAAAGACUGCAUCAGUAAACCACAUACUUCAGAUCAUUCAACUGACUGAUAGAAUGGAAACUAUUUAUAGAAUGGAAACUAUUUUCACUUUAAGAUGUAGAAGUUAUGUCUUCCAAAGACUGACAGUAUGAAUUCUUCUGACAAUAAAAAGACAAUAUUUAUAUUUCAUAUUGUACAUAUUAAAACAUGCUGUGAUAAUAAAUGUAACAUUGUA